CGAGAGAGAGAGAGAGAGAGAGAGAGAGAGAGAGAGAGAGAGAGAGAGAGAGAGAGAGAGCGAGAGAGAGAGAGAGAGAGAGAGAGAGAGCGAGAGAGAGAGAGAGAGAGAGAGAGAGAGAGAGAGAGAGAGAGCGAGAGAGAGAGAGAGAGAGAGAGAGAGAGAGAGCGAGAGAGAGAGAGAGAGAGAGCGAGAGAGAGAGAGAGAGAGAGAGAGAGAGAGAGAGAGAGAGAGAGAGAGAGAGAGAGAGAGAGAGAGAGAGAGAGAGAGAGAGAGAGAGAAGGCAGACCGGUCCCUUCUUGCAGGCGACAGAUGCAGCCUCUCCCACCUCGCCAGUCUCUUGCAUCCAUUCCUACGCUAAACGCGUCACUGCCAGUAAAAGCGUUUGUUUGAUAUGUGGACCAGGCAAAUCAGGGCAGAAGAAUGAAAAUGCUUCGGUUUCGUAGUCCAAGCCUCCGCUCUCUGGAUCAAGAGAUCCAGGUCACGAUUCGGUUACUGGACGACUCUGAGAUCUCGUGCAGCAUCCAGAGAGAAACCAAGGGCCAGUUCCUGGUGGAUCAUGUGUGUAACCAUUACAGCCUCCUGGAGAAGGACUACUUUGGCAUCAGAUAUGUCGACCCAGAGAAGCAGAGGCACUGGCUGGAGCCCAAUAAACCCAUAGUGAAGCAGAUGAAGUCUCAGCAGCCCUACACAAUGUGCUUCCGGGUCAAAUUCUACCCUCACGAGCCAAUGAAGAUCAAAGAGGAGCUCACCAGGUAUCUACUCUAUCUGCAGCUGAAGAGGGAUGUCUACCACGGGCGUCUCUUGUGCCCCUUCGCUGACGCAGCCUACCUGGGGGCCUGUAUUGUACAGGCUGAACUGGGGGACUAUGACCAAGACGAACACCCGCCAGACUACAUCCAAGACUUCAAACUGUUCCCCAAGCAGUCGCUUAAACUGGAGAGGAAGAUCAUCGAUAUUCACAAGAACGAGCUGAGGGGGCAGUGUUCUGCUGUGGCCGAGCUUCAUCUCCUCCAGAGGGCACACAACCUGGAGACAUACGGAGUGGACCCUCACCCCUGCAAAGACUUCACAGGAUCCACAGCCUUCCUGGGAUUUACAGCCACUGGGUUUGUGGUGUUCCAGGGAAACAAGAGAAUCCACCUGCUCAAAUGGGCUGAUGUCAACAAACUGAAGUUUGAGGGGAAAACAUUCUAUGUCAUUGGAAUUCAGAAAGAGAAGAAACUGGUGCUGACGUUCCACACCUCUACCCCAGCGGCGUGUAAACAUUUGUGGAAGUGUGGGGUGGAGAACCAAGCAUUUUACAAAUGUGCAAAGUCAAGCCAGAUCAAGACUGUGUCCAGCAGUAAUAUUUUCUUCAAGGGAAGCAGGUUUCGGUACAGUGGAAGAGUUGCAAAAGAAGUAAUGGAAGCCAGCUCCAAGAUCCAGAGAGAGCCACCAGAGGUGCAUAGGUUACACUUUGGGCAGAGCAGAAGCUUCAACUCACUGAGCCACAAAAACCUGAUCAUAAACAUGGAGCCUCUUGAGGACCCAUGCUCAUUCCAGGAUGUUAGCUGUUUCCCCAAACAUUUCUGCAGGCCCACACACCAACGGAUUUCUGUCUACGCCACUGACCUGAACUUAGUGUUUGCGUCAGCGGGGCCGGCGGACUUGGGUGAGGGGCUGUGUGAGGAGCUGGUUAAGGAGAUGGGUGAGGAGCUGGUUGAGGAUCUGGGUGAGGAGCUGGUUGAGGAGCUGGGUGAGGGGCAGGGUGAGGAGCUGGUUGAGGAGCUGGGUGAGGGGCUGUGUGAGGAGCUGGUUAAGGAGAUGGGUGAGGAGCUGGGUGAGGGGCUGUGUGAGGAGCUGGUUAAGGAGCUGGGUGAGGAUCUGGGUGAGGUGCUGGUUGAGGAGCUGGGGCUGGGUGAGGAGCUGGUUGAGGAGCUGGGUGAGGGGCUGAUUAAGGGGCUGGUUGAGGGGCUGGGUGAGGGGCUGGGUGAGGGGCUGGGUGAGGAGCUGGGUGAGGGGCUGAGUGAGGGGCUGAGUAAGGGGCUGGUUGAGGAGCUGGGUGAGGAGCUGGUUGAGGGCCUGGGUAAGGAGGAAGAGGAGAUCCUAGGUGUGGGUUGUGGGGAGGUUCUGGAGGAGCGGGGAGAUGCGGUGCGCUGCCGGUUAAAGAUCACCACCAGUCACAACCUGCAGCUCCGCAUGGCCAACCACACGGCCCGGGACGUCUAUGUACGCCUGCUCGGCCACGGGGAGCGCAUCUCUGGGACCGGACUACUGGCUCUGAAGGACUCUGUUCACUUGUCCCCCCUGAAGCCAUCUACCACCCCCACGGAACGAGAGCUGGAGUGGCUGGAGGGCUCUGCUCUGGGGCAGCACAAGGAGGAGGAGGCCCCUACCAGGGCUGGGGGGGAGGCAGAGGGGCAGGAAGAGGAUGGGGAGGAAGAGGAGACGAGUGGAGUCCUGACCAUCUCUGAGUUGGUGUACAACCCCUGUGCCAGCAUGCUGCCCACGCCGGUGGACGACGGCCAGGGAGGGGUUGACCUGCUGUUCCAGAGCCCCAUCCAGAGCCCUGCUCGCCUGCUGAGAGAGCUACAUGCUGACCCUGACAUCCAGGCCCAGCUGGUGGCCGAGAGGGUGCGUGACCGUGCCUUCGAGCGUGCACGUGUGGUGGGGAGGAGCAUGCUAGGUAGUGGGCUUCGCCUCCUGACGACGAAUGAGCGGGUGAACACGUGUGUGCUGAGCGCGGUCCGCCUCAUCGCCAUGGUGAUAGGGGUGCUACUGGUUGCCGUACCGAUGCUGCUGCUGCUGCUGGAGUCGGACAUAGACGUGUCGUUUUUGCACGAGAUCAGGCAGACACCUGAGUUUGAGCAGUUCCACUAUGAGUACUACUGCCCACUACGCCGCUGGAUCCUCUGUAAGACCAGCAUGGUCAUGGAGAGGCUGGGAUGGGACUGAAGAGGAGAGGAGACACGAGAGUGGAAAGAGAAAUGGAGGAGUAGGAAGAGGAGGAAAGUUGAGGGAGGGUUGCUUUCACUCUGUACCAUGUUUCUGUCUGCUUGUUCCUGAUGCUGACACGCUGAUGGGUAUUGGUUGUGAUUGGACAGUGAUUUUCUAGUAGGUACGAGACAAAUAUGUCUCUGGAGCUCAUUUGAUUGACUCUCCUCUUCAUAACAGAGUCAAUGAUUGAUCCCAGACACUGUCAGUAAUGGCGGAGUGGGCGGGACAGAGAGAGAACAUAGAUCUGAGAGCAACCCUAUAUCACUGGCAACAUAACAGCCACAGCCUACAGAUAGAUACACUACAUGACCAAAAGUAUGUGGACACCUGCUUGUCGAACAUUUCAGUCCAAAAUCAUGGGCAUUAAUAUGGAGUUGGUCCCCCUUUGCUGCUAUAACAGCCUCCACUCUUCCGGGAAAGCGUUCCACUAGAUGUUGGAACAUUGCUGCAGGGACUUGCUUCCAUUCAGCCACAAAAGCAUGAGUGAGGUUGGGCACUGAUGUUGGGCAAUUAAGCCUGGCUCACAGUCGGCGUUCCAAUUCAUCCCAAAGGUGUUAGAUGGGGUUGAGGUCAGGGCUCUGUGCAGGCCAGUCAAGUUCUUCCCCACUGAUCUUGACAAACCAUUUCUGUAUAGACUUCACUUCGUGCAUGAGGGCAUUGUCAUGCUGAAACAGGAAAGGGCCUUCCCAAAACUGUUGCCACAAAGUUGGAAGCACAGAAUCUUCUAGAAUGUCAUUGUAUGCUGCAGCAUUAAGAUUUCCUUUCACUUGAACUAAGGGGCCUAGUCCUACCUAUGAAAAACUUCCCCAGACCAUUAUUCCUCCUCCACCAAACUUUAGAGUUGGCACUAUGCAUUCGGGCAGGUAGCGUUCUCCUGGGAUCCGCCAAACCCAGAUUCGUCCGUCAGACUGCCAGAUGGGGAAGAGUGAUUCAUCACUCCAGAGUCCAAUGGCGGCAAACUUUACACCACUUCAGCCGACGCUUGGCAUUGUGCAUGGGGAUCUUAGGCUUGUCUGUGGAUGGAAACACAUUUCAUGAAGCUCCUGACAAACAGUUAUUGUGCUGACGUUUGGAACUUGGUAGUGAGCACUCAGUGGUCCCGUUCUGUGAGCUUGUGUGGCCUACCACUUCGCGGCUGAGCCAUUGUUGCUCCUAGACGUUUCCACUUCACAGUAGCAGCACUUACAGUUGACUGGGAAAGCAGAAAUUUGAAGAAAUUACUUGUUGGAAAGGUGGCAUCUUAUGACAGUGCCACGUUGAAGGCCACUAAGCUCUUCAGUAAGGCCAUUCUACUGCCAAUGUGUGUCAAUGGACAUUGCAUGGUUAUGUGCUCGAUUGUAUACACCUGACAGCAACGGGUGUGGCUGAAAUAGCGCAAUCCACUAAUUUGAAGGGGUGUCCACAUACUUUUGUAUAUAUAGUGUAUAUAUGUAUAUUUACAAAAAAAAAUGAAUAUUGAUCUAAAUAAAUCUUUAAAGUUCUUUUUAAUGUUUUGUAAAAAAUAAAUGUGAUGCAAAGUAUUUCAGGAAUUUUUCAGUCAGAGGAUCUACUGACUAGUUUAUUGAAGCUUUGGGUUGGGGGUCAAAGUCAACUAUUUUUAAAGACUACUGUCACUCGACUUGACUGGUAGCACCAUGGGUUUUACUACAAAGAUAUAGCACAAUCUUUUACAACACAGAUGAACUGUUUCAGAUUCUCUGAUGUCAUUGGAGUCAGGUGGCACAGGUUUGGUUAACUGUCUGUUUGUGUUGAACUAAAUGUGAUAUUAUUGAAGGUUUCAGUCAGUCACCUGGCAAGUGGAUUUGAGAGUUUUAACAUAAAUGUGUGAUGUUAGCAACAGAUUACAGUGCCUUUCGGAAAGUAUUCAGACCCCUUGACGUAUUCCACAUUUUGUAAGGUUACAGCCUUAUUCUAAAAUGGAUUAAAUAGUUUUUUUCCCUCAUCAAUCUGCACACAAUACCCAAUAAUUACAAAGCAAAAACAGUUUUUUAGAAAUUGUUGUUAAUUUAUUAAAAAUAAAGACCAGAAAUAUCACAUUUACAUGAUUAUUAAAACCUUUCAGUCAGUACUUUGUUGAAGUACCUUUGGCAGCGAUUACAGCCUCGAGUCUUCUUGGGUAUAACGCUACACCUGUAUUUGGGGAGUUUCUCCCAUUCUUCUCUGCAGAUCUUCUCAAGCUCUGUCAGGUUGGAUGGGGAGCGUUGCUGCACAGCUAUUUUCAGGUCUCUGCAAAGAUGUUCGAUCGGGUUCUGGCUUGGCCACUCAAGGACAUUCAGAUACUUGUCCCGAAGCCCCUCCUGCAUUGUCUUGGCUGUGUGCUUAGGGUUGUUGUCUUGUUGGAAGUUGAACCUUCGCCCCAGUCUGAGGAUCUGAGCGUUCUGGAGCAGGUUUUCAUCAAGGAUAUCUCUGUACUUUGCUCCGUUCAUCUUUCUCUCAAUCCUGACCAGUCUCCCAAUCCCUGCCGCUCAAAAACUUCCCCACAGCAUGAAGCUGCCUCCACCGUGCUUCCCCCAUAGGGAUGGUGCCAGGUUUCCUCCAGAUGUGACACUUGGCAUUCAGGCCAAAGAGUUCAAUCUUGUUCUUUAGGUGCCUUUUGGCAAACUCCAAGCGGGCUGUCAUGUGUGUUUUACUAAAGAGUGGCUUCCAUCUGGCCACUCUACAAUAAAGGCCUGAUUGAUAGAGUGCUGCAGAGAUGGUUGUCCUUCUGGAAGGUUCUCCCAUCUCCACAGAGGAACUCUAAAACUCUAUCAGAGUGACCAUCGGGCUCUUGGUAACCUCCCUGACCAAGGCCCUUCUACCCCGAUUGCUCAGUUUGGCCUGGCAGCCAACUCUAGGAAGAGUCUUGAUGGUUCCAAACUUCUUCUAUUUUAGAAUGAUGAAGGCCACUGUGUUCUUGGGGACCUUCAAUGCUGCAUCAUUUUUGGGGGUAUUCUUCCCCAGAUCUGUGUCUUGAAACAAUCCUGUCUCGGAGCUGUACGGACAAUUCCUUCGAUCUCAUGGCUUGGUUUUUGCUCUAGAAGAAACAGAAACGCACAGCUAUUUAGGCGAGGUGCUGGCUAGUGGAGUAGAACACUUGAAAAUAAAGGAGAGCCUGCACACUCUAGGAGCUCAGAUGCAAAAAUGUCAUGUCCAACGUUUCGACAGCCAAGCAGAAACGUUGGAUAUUACAUUUUUGCAUCUGAGCUCCUAGAGUGUGCAGCUCUCCUUUGGUUUUUGCUCUGACAUGCACUCUCAACUGUGGGACCUUAUAUAGACAGGUGUGUGCCUUUCCACAUCAUGUCCAAUCAUUUGAAUUUACCACAGGGAGACUCCCAUCAAGUUGUAGAAACAUCUCAAGGAUGAUCAAUGGAAACAGGAUGCACCUGAGCUCAAUUUCGAGUCUCAUAGCAAAGGGUCUGAAUACUUAUGUAAAUAAGGUAUUUCUGGUUUUAGUUAAAUUUGCAAACAUUUUUAAAAACUGUUUUCACUUUGUCAUUAUGGGGUAUUGUGUGUAGAUUGCUGAGGAUUUGUAUGUAUUUCAUCCAUUUUAGAAUAAGGCUGUAACGUAACAAAAGGUGGAAAGGGCAAGGGGUCUGAACUUUCCGAAGGUACUGUAUAUCUCAUGGUCAGUCGGAACUGAAAUGCCAGGCUGUAUAGAAAAGGAAAGUCAUUCAUGGCUGUUAUUUUAUGAUUGUAGUGGUUGACCAAUAAGAUGAUGCAUUAGUAAGAUAUUGGUGAAGCAUCGUGGCAGAUGAUUGGUAAGUGAUGGUUCGAAUGGGAGGGCCAUACAGCUGUCAGUCUAAUAUCUACUUAUUAUGUUACCUUAAGUACAGUAAUAUUGAGAGAAGCAGCUGUUUGUUGGGGAAAAACAUGUUCAGAUUCAAUGGUUGUGAGUGAAAGGUAAUACAGCAUGAACAGAAUUCUGAUCAGCCGAAAUAGCAAAAUACACUUAAUGGCCAGUUUAUUAGGUAUACCCAUCUAGCCUCCAGAACAGCCUGAAUUCAGCGCACCUAACUCCUACGAUCAUACCACGUACAAAGUCACUUAGGGCACUGGUUUUGCCCAUUCUAACAUUCAAUGGAACAGUAACUGAAUGCCUCCCUGCCUGUCUGCCUGCUUUAUAUUGCAAGACACGGCCACCUGACUCACUCACUAUCUGUAGGAGCGAAUCAUUUUUGUGAACGGGGUGAACCUAAUAAACUGGCCACUGAGUGUAUAUCAAUUUGGACCGUAUUCUCAGGAAAGGACAUACGCACGUUGAAUUAUGUCUCUGUGUGUGCAAACACAAUAUGAUCUAAACGAACACCACAUUGAAACACACAACUUACUUUAUAGUCGGAAACAUUUUGUGAAUAUAAAAUAUCCUUUAAUUAACCCUAUAAUUAUAUCUCAACAGGUUUGUAGCCAUAAAUGUCAGUUAAAUUCUGUAUCUUUUAUUCUCUAACACACAGGCACUGACUCAUUGUCACAGCUCAAUCUUCUGGUCCCAAUUUACAAGUACUCUAAUGACCCACAAUGUAUUUAACUCGUCUGCAGUACUGUAGGAUGACCACAGAAAUCACUCUCAUUACCCCUAUUCUAUUAGCCACAGUGUAAUCAUCAAAUGUGUUUUCAUGUGAAGAAACGAUAACGUUUAAACAGUGGGCUGAACCAAGGAGAUGUUCUCCCACGGCACUUCAAAACAUACUUGUUUUCUUUUUCUCAGAGACAUUACACACUUUCAAGGUACCCCCCCACACACACACACACACACACACACACACACACACACACACACGUAUAACACAAUGUAUAGGCCUAAUGUAUACACAUGUCCAAUAAGACAUGCCCUAACGUCAGUACUUUGUUAAUAGGCCACACCCUUUAGUGGGCCUGACCUCACUCAUGCUGUGGAUGAGCUCUGAGCUGCAGACUGCAUGCCUUCGUCUGUAAAUACUGUUAUAUAGAGAAAAGCCAAUCGUGGUGCAGAACUUUCUUUCUUUGUGUCUUUCCCUUGUAAGCGACCCAUGUGGAGGUUACCUUCCAGCUUAGAUGCAUGCACGACAUCCAUAUUUUAGCAAGUGGGUAGUGCACAGUGGGUAGUGCACAUAAUAACCUUGAGAACGUUGUGCGAGGUGUAGGGGGUUUUCAGUUCAGCGUUCGUUAUUCUGAAAGCCACUAGAAGCCAACUGUCCGCCUGAAAUUUUUGGGGCAUUAAAAGAAGCCAAUCAGAUGGCAAGAAAUUAAAUUCUAUAAUGAUGGUCAGAGGAAAUGCAUAAUGAAACCAGUGAUCAUGUAGAACCAUAAACCAGUUUAGCAGAUUCAUUUGAUUUAAAUCCAGCACGUUUGAUACUGCAUUUCAAAACAUGGGGACUAUUGUCCAUUUGGAAUUGUGUCUCAAGUAGAAUAGGUUGCUUUUAUGUGUCUGUGACCAUAAACAUAGCUAGAUGUCUAACACCUGACCUUAUUGCUAACAGAUGUCACUGAUGAUGUUAGCAUGGACACACACAUCAUGUUAUCCAUAUCAUAACAAGCCAGUCUAUGACAAAGGCCGUGGUAUUCUGUGGACGAUAAAGUUCUGAAGCCCAAUAACACCGUAGCAUUCUCCUUUGUAUUAUCUAUUUCUCAGCCUUUCUAUCAUGUUUUCUUAGCAGGGAAACUGCCCACAAUGAAGCUCUUUUAUUUGAGCUACAGAACAUGUUUAGUUAGUUUUUAAUGUUUUUCAAUCAGUGUUUAAGGACUGAGAGUUGAAAGUACCAUGCUAGUGAUAAAGUACCAUGCUAGUGAUAAAGUACCAUGCUAGUGAUAAAGUACCAUGCUAGUGAUAAAGCUAUGUCAUCACAAGUUGAAAGACUGAAAUGCAAUUUAUACACUGCUGAUUUGGCCGUCAAGACUCUGCUCGGCACAAAUACUGUGAUUAAAAAACAACAUGCAAUCACAUGAGUUGAUGUCAUACGUACCACCCACUUUCUCUUCAGUGAUCUGAUUCAAAAAGAUUGUCCAGGUGUAUGACACGUAUAUGCAAGCCUGUAAGACAUCACAUGGUACAGAUGGAAGGAGAUGUUCUUUCAUAGAUUAUUUCGAUGUUAAAUGGGCAUGUAGCGUGUUUUGCACGGAUAGCAGCGUUACCCUCCGUAGCUGUUUGUUGUUAUCAGUUUGUAGGACUUGUUUUUGUUAUUCUGUCAUUUUAAAACAACUCUGGGAGUAAAUUGAAAAAAAAAGAGCAAGUUUUCAGUUGUUUGACCACUGCUGGAACACAAAGCCUUAUGAACUUUGUAAAGUGAAUUUUGAAUGUUUGUAUGUUCAAAGAAAAACAUGGUUGUUUUAUAUGUUAAUACUGCCACAAUAAAGCCCCCCAAAUGAA